GAACGCAGCCGUUAGCUCCGCCCCCUUCGCCCAGACAUGCCUGCUGUAGUGUCGCAUUUCGCCUCUUCUCUGUGUUUAUAUUUCGAUCAAACGGGGAGUUGUAUUUCAUAUUAACAUCAUAACAAACCCUGGAACAUAACCAGGCUCUAUUUGAGCAUCUGGACUCAGUUGUAGUUUGUGUCCAGGAUGUGUGGAGUCUGCAGCCCUUUUCCUGAUCCCAGUCCCAUACAUGUCCUGGAUGGAGGAAAGCACCAAGAACAACUGUACAAAAACCUCUGAAGAAGACAACUUUCUUCUUCACAAAAUAUUAUAUGUCGUCCAUGUGGCAACAGGAGACAUCCGGUUAUUCCCCGUGUGUGGAGAUCGACUCCAGCUCCGUCAGGUCCAAGGACCGGCUCGGCUCUUCGAGCUGGCUAAAGCAAGAGCAGGAUGAGCUUCGGAUAAUCAAGUGGGAGAACUUCCAGGGCGGAGCGUCCUCCGACGCCGUUCAGGACAACACUCCCAGCAGCGCCAUGUCUGCUUCGUCAUUCGAGGGCUUGCCGCCGAGGGUGCUGCUCACCAUCACAAAACUGCAGUGUAUGCUGGAGAGCAAGCAGGAGCGCAUCGCUGCACUGGAGCGACAGGUGGAGGACCUGAUGCAGGAUCGCAAGUUUCUGCGCAGUCAAAUCGAAAACCUCACCACCAAUCGCUCCAUGGCACCGUUUGUUGCACCCAGUUCAGCCACUGAGGCUCCCAAACCAAGCAAAAUGCAGCAUUCAGAAAACAAAUCUCGAAAGAGAGAAAGAGCUUCUUCUUCUUCCUCGGCCAGCAGCGACAGCGGCUCGGAGGCGUCCGACUCCUCUGACUUGUCGGUGGCGUCGAGUGAGCACCGACGGAGAAAACACCACAAGGACAAGAAACGAUCAAAGAAAGGGAAAGACUACAGCAGGAAAAGAGCCACUGGCGUCCUGUACGUCAUUAACCGCUACAAACAGGUCCUCUCAGCCUUCAUCAAGAAGAAGAGCAUGAGUGAAGCCUUCCGUCACCACGGGAUCGACAGGAACACCAUCGCCAACACGGCGUCCAUCGCGGAGCUGCACCUUGCAGGGAAGGAAAUGAUCCCCCUGGUGGGCCAGUUUCGCCAAGGAGAAGAGACUCUGGUGAAUUACGCACAGAGAUGCACAUUGGUCAUCGACAGCGACCCCGAACUGUCCAGAAAAAUCGACCAGAUGAAGGCGAACGGCCAGCUUCUGCCCAUAUCAGGGAAGAGGUCCAGGGUGCUGCAUUCUCACAUGCAGCCACUAGGGGAUGCUACGGAGAGCAUCUUAAUAGGCUGAUGCUUAAAACAAACUCAAAGUAGAGCGGGAUGAUGGGUUUUCUUUCAGUUGAAGCUGCUGUUUUAUGUCGCACAUCCUUUAAUUAUAAUUUUUUUAUUUUCCACUUAUUUCUGGGGAAAAUGUAGCAGUUAAACUCAUAGAAGUUUUUAUCUCUGUAGUAGCAGAAAUAUCCACCAGAUGGCAGCAUUCACCUGUUAUUUGAGUCUCAUAAAUUUGUCAAAAUGGCGGACUUUCAGGUUUCUUAUUUCCAAGUGUUUGAUUUUUAAUAUAGGCAUUUGACUUGUCUAAUUUAUCAAAUUUAUGUGAUAAAAAUAAUUUUAUUUAUUAAAAAGAUUUUGCUAUUUGCCUCUGUCUACAUUCAGGACGAUUUAAAAUGAGCCUGACAGAAUAAUAAAGCGAUAUUUAAUAAGUUUUGAUGAGGGCAGUUAAAAGUACCGUUUCAAAAUAACCUUUAGGCAGGAAUUAAACAUGUUUUUCAUUAAACCCACUUUCCUUAUUUUAUAUCUGAUUUCAUAUUCUAACUGUAAAUGUCAUCACAAUUAACAGAAAUUAAAGCUGGAAGACAA